AUGCCUCAAGAUUACGAAGUGACCCGGAAGCUUUGGGAUGGACGAGUGCCCGUGCAGUUCGUUCUGGAUAGUGCAGAAUUCCUCCAGCGGUCUACAAAACCGUUUUGUGUUGGUUUCAUUUGCUUACUUUUUCCACUAAAAGCAAUGGUACCUCGAAUGAGUUAUUUCCCAUUGAUACUACCACGUGUUCUACAGUAUUUCAAUACUGUCGUUGAGCCGAUUGCUGUGGAUUCGGUUUGGUUACAAUACAACGGUCAGCCGUUGAAAUGGUAUACGCAUUACUUUCAGAACAACUUACUUCCUUACAUGCAUUCAAACGUUGAGUACGUAUUGAAGAAUUUCCCAAAAGAAGUGAUGCGUUGUACCGGUGAUGCCUUGGAAAGCGUAUUUAUCCAGUCAAUCAAAGAAGCCGAUCAGUUGAAACAUAAAGCAGAUAUCAUCAACUCGAUGAAGUCCGAGGAGCAUAAGCAGUUAUGGAAUGGCCUCGUUCAAGAGUUUGAAUCGUUCGUUAGUUUCGAUAUCAGAAACGUUUACUUGUCAGAUCGAUUUGACGAGUUUUGGUCAGUGAAUAAAAAACUGAUGGAAAAUAGUGAUUCAAGAGCAAUUUUGCACGUACCGAUACGUAUCUACGAGGCUCGCCAGCCAUUCCGACAAAUAUUGGUAACGCCUUACAAUGAAAAUGGUGGACGACGGACUCUAGCGGAUGUUCUCGAAAUGAUUCAUGUAAAUGAAACAGACAAAAAUGUUGUUUCGCAUGGAAUUUUGCUGCCAUCCGAAACUCCUCUAUUAUGGAUGGCCGAAAAUUUUUGCUAUUUGGAUAAUUUUAUUCAUAUUGUUCUUGUACCACAGUCUGUUUAG